AUGUCUGACAAGAUUGAUGUCCUUUUAUACGGCCUUGGAGCUAUCGGAUCCUUCUACGCCUUCAUUCUCAGCCGUUCCGACCGUGUGCGAUUAACGGUAGUUGCUCGGUCUAACUACGACGCGGUAUCUACCAAAGGAAUCACAAUCAACAGCGAGAACCACGGCCAGCAUACCUUCCACCCUUACAAAGUUGUGAGAACACCCGCCGAGGCAUCACCAGUUGACUAUGUCGUAUGCGCCCACAAGGCCAUUGACCAGGAGGACGUUGCGACGAAAUUGAAGCCAGUCGUCGAAGACGGCCGUACCACUUUCGUUAUCAUCCAAAAUGGAGUAGGAAAUGAAGUGGCCUUCAGAAACGAGUUCCCCAAGUCCUCCAUUCUAACUUGUGUCACCUGGGUAGGAGCCAACCAAAUCAGCCCUGGCAUCGUCAACCACACAAAAUCCGAGGACAUGCAGAUCGGCCUUUAUCCCAAUACGGACAUCGAUGCUGCAACUGAGAAACAACGGCUAAAGACCUUUGCCGAUCUCUUGGAGCACGGAAAAACUCGAUUCCAGGUUCUCGAGGAUAUGCAGCGACAGCGAUGGGAGAAGGUUGUGUGGAACGCCGCGUGGAACUCCAUCACUGCGUUGACGAUGGUUGACUCUCAAACCUGGUUGCAUUCUUCCAAGAAUGCAGAGCCAUUCACCCGGCAGUUGAUGCGGGAGGUUAUUCAGAUAGGGCGGGCUUGCGGUGUCACACUCGAAGAUCAACUUGUUCAGCAGCUUAUGGACAAGAUCAACGCCAUGCCUGGAAUCGGAAGUAGCAUGCAGACGGACUGUAAGAGUGGGCGGCCGAUGGAGAUCGAUGUGAUUCUCGGUUUUCCUGUGCGCAAGUCUAAGGAGCUGGGUAUUCCAGCCCCUUAUCUUGAGACUUUACAUUUGCUUUUAUGUGCUGUGGAUGGGCGGAUUCGAGCUGCACUUUGA